AAUCCAGGCUGAUGGGGAGUUAGACGGGGAUGUUGGACAUCGUGUUGGAGUGGCUUAGGCCAAAUGGCGGUUGGCUUCAGGGGUAUUGUGUGACGCGAAGAUUUCGCCCAGGAUGAAAGGCAAGUUCUACCGAUCCGUAGUCAGACCUGCUAUGUUAUAUGGAGCAGAGUGUUGGGCGGUUAAGAAGACUCAUGUGCGUCGUCUGCAUGCGGCGGAGAUGCGGAUGUUACGAUGGAUGUGUGGGAAGACAAGGUUGGAUAGGAUUUCGAACGAAGUUAUCCGACGUCAGGUAGGCAUGGUGCCGGUGGAAGAUAAAUUGCGGGAAGCGAGGUUGAGAUGGUUUGGUCAUGUGAGACGGAGGGAUGCUGACGCCCUUGUACGGAGAUGCGAGCGGAUUACGGUUUUCGGGGGAAGUAGGGGAAGGGGUAGACCUAAGAAUAAUUGGGAGGAAGUGAUUAGACAGGAUUUAGGACUUCUCACCCUGACUGAGGAUAUGGCUUUAGAUAGGAACCUUUGGAGAACUAGGAUUAGAGUAGCUGGCGUUUCUAGACUGAGUCCAUUCAAAAAUCGUGAGUUGAUGUAUAAGAAAUAUGAGAGAGAAGGUGUUGUUAGUCAAGAAUGGGUGGACAACGUGGUUGAGUUUGGAGAGUACUGUGAGUCAAGUCCCAAUGUAGAUAGGUUGGAUAACAAGAAAAUGCGAUGUCCUUGCAAGAAAUGUAAGAACAUCAAGUUUUGUUCAUCAAAGAAUAUGCUCGAGCACAUUUUGCGGUUUGGAUUCACAUCCAAUUAUUUUGAUUGGGUAUGUCACGACGAGAAUCAUGGUGACUACGUACCUCCACAACGAUCUAAAGUCCCUCGUCAAGCUGAUGCCUCAGAUGUAUCACAUGUCCCGAGUAGAGAACAGUUUGUGCACAUGAUUUAUGAUGCAGUUGGCCCGACUAGGAUCAACUUUGUUGUUGAAGAAGAGCCAAAUUUGACAGACAAGUGUUGAAAUACGGGUUUAUCACGUUUUCGUACUAAAGCCGUGUUCGUUGUUAUGACAGUCAUAUCAGUAUGAUUAGGAGUAUUGCCUUUAUGCUCACUUAAACAAGUGAUCGUAUUAAAAUCACUGCCAAUAAACCAUUGGUGUGAAAUGACAGAGGUGUCAAUAAUAUUUUUCAAGAGUGUUCUUCUUUCUCUUCCUAUGUGCUUUCCAUAUACUCUACUAGAAAUGUCCCAAAAAGUACAAUUGACCAAUUGAUCAAGCUCAUCGAUUUUUCAAAGAAAGAGUCUUGCGUUAU